AAGAACGAUUUAUCAUUUUGGCUUGGAAGAAAAACACCAAAAAUGUCAUGAAUGUACAAGGUUCGAUCGAGAAAAAGCUUUUCAAUGCCCAUUAAAUGUUUUUACAGUUAAUGAUGCUGGAAUUAUUACGUAAACGCCUCCUGUUUGCUCUUAAAUUUUAGUGAAUGAUUUCCUGUUCUGGAAAUUGUGAAUUAAAAAAAACUUUAAUGAUGGCAGAGCUUGUGAGACCAAAGAAAUCUAAGAAACACAAGAAGAGGACAGUAGAGUUGCAAGAUCCGGGAGAAUCUUCAGUUCCGCAAGAUGUGGCGGAAGAAGCUGUCCAGGAUGAACCACAAGCUGUCCUGGAUGAACCACAAGCUGUCCAGGAUGAACCACAAGCUGUCCUGGAUGAACCACAAGCUGUCCUGGAUGUACCUAGAGCUGUCCAGGAUGAACCACUAGCUGCCCAGGAUGAACCACAAGCUGUCCAGGAUGAACCACAAACUGUCCAGGAUGAACCACAAGCUGUCCUGGAUGAACCACAAGCUGGGGUGUUGGGUGAAUCUCAGGAUGUGACCACCAGUGCAGAGGAUGUGUGUGUUGAACCAGUAACAUGUUCAGAGGGAGAAGUUGGACAAGGUGCUGAGGAGCAUGAGAGUAUUGCUGAUGAUUCUGGGGUGUUGGGUGCAGGGGUGGAGACGGAAGGGCAGGUUGUCAGUGUCGGUCAGGAAGAUUCUGAGGAAGAGGCGGUGCAAGAAUCAACAUGUGCUGUAGCCAGUGUUCAUGAUAUUAGUAUUGAAGCUGUGAGCACAAAACAAGAUGCCGAACACACAGUCAACACAGACUAUGUUUCAUACAUGGAUCCCGCAACAGUACCAAUAAGUGAUUUCGUAUGUGGUGAUACCACACCUUCUCAUCAAAAUGAUGCUCUUGAAAGUCCUGAUGAAGUUAACACUGUACUCAAAAAAGCUUCCUUAUUGAGAGUAGAUAUUGAAGCAGCAACCAGUGAAACAACAGAGGAGGUGCCAAAAAGCUGGACUAUAAGUCAAGAUCGGCCAAAAGCACUAUUGAAGAAACUUUACCCCGAGAUUGAAGUUGCACAAGAAAGAGAGGCUUUCCAGCCCUUCACAUUACAGCAGCUGAGGACAUUGUACUUUAAUCCUAUGUUGGAGGAGAGGGAAGCUUAUGCUGAAUAUUUCAUUGAGCAUUCCAACCAGGAGAAGCACGAAUUCUAUGAAAUCUUGAACAACUAUUACCGAGCAAGAAACAAACUGUCUGUGACUGAGCAGGACUUGCUCAUCCUUCAGAAGGAAGCCAGACAAGUUGAGGACAAGAUAUGGAGAUUUGUGGACUGCACUGCAACCGGACAGAAUGUGUGUGCAGAUGGAAGUAAAGUUAGUGCCACACACAACUUCAAGCAGGCUACAUUGGACAAGUUGGCUGUGGUUGAGAUGGAUGUGAUGUUGAAGAAACAGAAAGACCUCAUCUAUGAUCAGCUUUCACUCUAUUUGUAUAGUGCGGCUUUGUCAAGGUUGCAAGUGGAAUCCUACAUCCAUGAGCUUUACAUGCGGUGCUCAGCUUUCACAGAGAUUCCACAGAAUGCCCCAGUAUCGGCAUGUAUGCCUAACGAGCGUCCCAUGGAAGUCGCCAACCAAGUCAUGCAGCUUAGGAUGUUCUUGUCCGUGCUGUUUGCUUUCAAUCGGAAGCCAGCCAAAGACACUGAAUUUGUGGAGGAUAUUCGGAAAUGGAUUACCAGACUGGUUGCCACACUCAUCAGAGUAGCUACACUAGAAGAUCACUGGUUCUUGCUGAACCACCUGCUCAGAUGCCCAGGCGGACUUGGCAAGUGGGCAGCCAACUUCCUGCAGGUUGUGCCGCCAGUCUAUACACCAGAGACCAGCUUCUCCAGUCCACAGCUAGACCAUACUGUGGUUGUUCUGGCGACGUUGCUGCUUCCAGUCAAAUCGCGUGACCUUUUCUUGCUACCCCUGAAGGUUUUGAUGACACCACAGGUUGAGAAGCAGCCAGAUAACAUGUGGAUCAUAAUCGACUCGGAUGGAGAACUCGAUGAAGACCCAGAGAAUAGUUGGCAUUUCCUGCAAGAGAAUGAUGUUGUUGCAUUACUGAAUCAAAUCCCGCUGGACCUCAUAUUCAAGCAUGUCCUUGGCCUUCAGGGAGAGGAGUAUGACGUUCGCUGGACAACGGAAGGAGGCAUGUUGAAGCUGUAUGCAUUCUGUACUUGUUUGUUGGACAUCCUGGGACGAGGAUUGCAGAACUUUACCCAGAGUCGUUAUCGCCAGCUCAACAAGAGGAUAGGGAGAAUGAUCAGGCACACUGUCCAGUAUGUAACUGAUCAUUGGCUGAAUUUCAUGGCGUACAAUGUCGGUCUUCCCGAGUCAAGUUUUGAAAGGCUGCAGGUUGAAUACAAUCAGUUAUUUCAUCGAGCAACAACUUGGAUCCUCUCCUCCUCAAGGCUUGGCUCCUGGCAGUUCAUGGCCGACAUGCCCUAUACAUGCGCUUCCAUCGAGAUGAUGUGGAAACUGAUCUGGUUGAUGCACCGAGGCAAGAUUGAUCCUGAUGUGAAGGUCACUAAGGAGAUGUGUUUACAGAUGUUAAAAGACGAGGAUGAUAAAUUAGCAUUUGAGGAACAGUUGGUGAAGAUGCCCACAUCUGAAGCCAUCUACCUCCUGACGUCAUUUGCCUUCAUGGCUCGGGCAAGGUCAGCGGUGGAUGCAGAGUUUGUGGAGGCAGUCACCAUGGAAAUAUAUGAGCUUGCCUACAUCAGCAGCCACACGCGAGAGUUCUGUUCCAAAGUUGGUCGCGAGCUGUUGGCAUCGAUCACCCUGGAACAUCCAUUCAUCAUCUCAGUGCUUCUUAAGUGUAUCAAGCAGACGAUCGAUAAGAUUGGUGUGCCUUACAAAUUCUACCAGAGAAAAAAGGAAAAAUAUCGGAAGGAAGAAUUUGCCGAAUUUAGCCAGGUGUGCCUGUACCUGUUCAAAGAACUUCCCUUGUACUUGUGGCAACCAGCUGAGGCGGAUCUGGUGAUCCUCAGGACCUGGCUGUUGGACCGUGACCUAGCUUCUCCAGAGAAUCAGCUAGCGCGCCUCAUCAUGACCAACAUGAAUUGGGGAUACACAGACGAGGGAACAGAACUCGCCCUAGACAUCAGCUUGCAUCGGCAGAUAGCUGUCCUAUUGGUGGAAAGCUUCAUCAAGUACAACCCUGACAAGUCUGUGGGACUGGUGGCAGAGGGAAUGAAACAGUUCACGUCAGCCCUUAGAAGCACCCCAACCAAUGAGCAACAGUUUGUGACAUGGGCCUGGGAGCUGGUGAUCAAGCUUCAUCUGCAUCACCAGGACCAGCCCAAGUUUGAUCAUGAUGCGGCAUCCUUCCCCGUACCAGAUAUCAACUCAGACGAGAUGCUGGCUCCCCUGCAGAAGAGCCUGAAGAGUAACAAUCCAUUGGGGAGCUAUGUGGCGCUGGUGAUGACCAAAGUUGGACAUGAGACUGGGGAUUUUUGUAUGGAGGGCAUCCCUCUCCUCCAGAACCUUGUAACCUACAGCCAUCACCGUGUUGCUAUACAUGCCAUCGCAAACAUUGUGCCCCAGUUCUACCUCUUCCAAGACUAUCUCGUACAAAAUGAAAGAUUUUCCUCAAUAGUACAGAAGAUCCUCUCCGCUGACGAGUCCUACCUGAAGAUGGCAAAGAGUCUGCUAUUCUCUGAGUUUCCUGGUGCUCUGACUAAACUGUUCAUGGCAAUGAUACAGGUGCAUCUACAGUCUUCCAAUGUCGUUGGUUGGGUCGCGCCAAGGUUUGCCAUGGAGUUCUGGAUCAAGUUACUGACGCAGAUGCCUCGUUGGAACACCGACAAGAACAUCUGUUACAUUCUCGAUUCUCUCAUCAAGUAUGGCUUCAAGAUUCAAGAGUGCAAGGAAUUGCUUGAGGAGUUCUUCUAUGACCUUUACACUACAUUCCUGAAGUCACAGAAAGAUAGCAACCAACUUGGUGCUCUGUUUAGUUGGAUUGCCUCAGGGAACAACCUGCCUUCAUUCAUAGACAAGCAAGCCAUGCCAGAGUUUCCCUGGUUAGCAUAUAUGAUCCUGAAUGCUGAGAGCAAGUUUGAGGAGGAAUCAGGGCUUUGGAAGUCGCUGCAGGCGGAACUGGUGAAUGAUGCAGGAAUUGGUGUGGAGCAGGCGGUAAAGAGAAUUGCGACACAUCUCAAGUUCCCGUUGAGUCCAACAGCUGGCCGGUUGACAAUCUACCGGUGGGGGCAGCAGGCAAUGGCAACAGACACAGAGCACCCACUCUUCCCUGUAAUGUGGCAAAGAUUCUUCCUGCGGUACCUUGCCAGGCCUGCUACAGAACCUGGGUUACCCCAGCGAGGAGGCCUUGGUGAGAGAUUCUUCGGUUCGAGGGUCUAUGUGACCCUCAUCAAGUCUUUCCGUCAGAAGCUGGAUGUGACGGCUGACUGGAUGGAUAAGAAGCUGACGGAGAUGGAAACGGAGGGAUAUGAGAGCGAGAAUGAUGAGUACAUCAUCAGUAAGGAACAGCUCAAACUCUUUGCUAAGCUCUAUCACACAUACGCAUUCUGGCUGGACGAGCCACGCCUCCACGACCGAUCGCUCUACCUGCCUGCCCUUCCACCACAAUACCAAGCAGAGAAGCUAGUCCAACUCUUUCAAAAUCAAACUGAACUCUGGUCAGACUAUAUUGAUUUCAAUCGUGUAGAUUAUGAUAUUGGACGGUUGAACCAGCUUUGGAGCUCGGAGAAGUCACAGUACUUCCCGAAGAGGGCUAAUUACAAGUCACUUCAGGAAGAGGUCCAUCCUAGGAAUGCUACAAAAAGAAUCCUAUCAAGGUUGAAUAAGAGAGAUGCGCCCCUUCCUCCUCCAAGCCAGGUCCCCAUCAAAGUACCCGUACCCCCUGUCAAUGUGGCAGCCAUGCAAGAGAGCCAGGGAAUACUCUUCUCAUUACAUCAGGACUUCAUAUCGGUCACAGAUUUCUCUAGUUCAUUUUCAGACCGAGAAGCCCGACAUGUUGGUUUGAACAGUAAUUACGUCGACAAUGUUCCAAAAGUCUACAGGAAUGAUCAAAAGACGUCCAACUUCCUUGUGCCUUGUACCAGUAAGUUUAAUCCUUCUCAUAGAUGCAAAGGGGCAGCUGCGAUAGUCAUUAAUUUCAAAGAGAUGAAGAAGAAUGAGAUCCUUGGCCGACAACUCGAUGAGAAUCGUUCCGAGUAUAAACAGUUGAUGUUGGAGUUGCAGUUACCUCCUCCUCCAAGCAUGUGUUGUGCCGCUGUCCAUGUGGAAAACACCAUCACAGCACUGAUCCGCUACCACCAGCACCCGCCAGCCAAUGUCUCCCUUGACGGCAUCCGGGAGGCUGGGAUCACCUUGUUUUACCAUAUGUCAACCCACGUCAGUGAUGCUACAGACCACUAUCCGCCUGCAAAGCAAUUCUUCUCUGCGUGUAUUGAGAUAUUGGGUCAGGAAUUCAUCCGAUCGAACCCACAGCAAGCGGAACAGGUCUUGAAUACCAUGUUGAGGACACCAUCGCUAGCUGGCCUGAUGUCUCCUCAUUUCGUCCCAAACAAAUGUCCAGAGAAGUAUGUGGACAUGUACAAGAAGAUACUAGAGGUGCCUGAGAAUCAGGGCUUGUCUCUGGCCUUCAUGCUCCUGACCAAGUUUGAGGUUGAGAAAUGGUUGGACAGCGACCCAUCCGCUUCCGAUAGGACCAGGUUCAUACAAGUGAUGGAGCAAGGCUUGUGUGCCUGCGGCCGUAACCCUCAGGAUAGGAUGAACAUGGUGUUCGAGAUCUACAGAUCACAUUUGAGAAUCUUUUCAAGAUAUGACUUCCCCAAGCAUCUGCAUGAGAUACUCAAUGUGCUCCUCAGAGGCUCAUUCACAGGUUUACUGAGCUCUGUCUGCUGGAAGGACAUGCUGGUCAGUCUGGGCAUCAUCAACAAGAAUGGGUUUCCACCUGAGGACAAGUCAAUGGUGGAAGCCUGUCAAAAUGCUCUAUCAAUUCAGCAGAUUACCGACUCCAUGCAGCAAAUAGCUCAGUAUUUCAUGAGGCUACGCACGUCGACAACGGAGACGGCAAGUUUUGGUAUUUAUCCAAAAUGGCGGCCAUACGUGCACAGUCUGUCGCUAUGGAACUGCUUCCUUUCUCUGACGUUGGCUGGGAAACUGUCUGUUGCUGUGUCGUCUGGGGGAAUGGAUGCUGACCAAGCUUUGGAUGCCGCAUGGCGUGGUAUAUUUGACGUGUAUGCCCCCUGGAUCCAGCCACUAGACAAUAGCGGCCAGGUGCUGUCACCAUGGCUGGAGAGUGAUGCUGAUAUUGGAGUCGAGAUGGUGUCAACGUUCGUUAGUGCUGUUGACGGCUUGAGGCAGUAUUUUGAAGCGAUCCCCCACAGCCCACAGCAAGGAGCCCUGACCCAACUCUGGGUCGCCUACUGCAAGUCGUUUACGAUGAAGGGGGCGCCUGAGCAUGUCCUCAAAGUCUUCCAUGCCAAGAUGGUCGAUAUUCCCUGGGACAAGUUCUACCCAGAUCUCAGCAGUAUUGAACUGAUGAAUCAGUUAUGUAAGUGGUGUGUUGAAAAGUCAAAGCUCCACGAGAAGACAGAGAAAUGUUGCUACGCCUUCCUGGCCACGAUCAUGCCCAAGAUGCCAUGGCCUUCCAUUGUCCAGCACUUCAUCUACCAAGAACCUGUGGAGCUUACCAUGAAGCUUCAUGCCUGCCUGUUCCAAAUCCUCGUGCAAUUCACAGCAGAUAAAGACAUCAUGCAGAUUUCCACCAUCCCUGUGUUCUUCCUUCAAAUGGACAUGUUCCAGUGGCAAUUCCUGGACGUCCCACCUCUCGAGACGGUCACCAGUUGGUUCAUUGAGAACAGCGAUCCAAGAUGUGUUCUUGCUGAGAGGACAUCAGAAGCAGCUUUAGUGCUAAGACUUGUAAAAGCAGCCUCAGAGUUCAACACAGUGCACCAUCCUGUCGGCUCCAUCGAUGUUGCUCAGAAACGGCGCUUGUUUGUGCGGAUGGUUGUACAACUCAUCUGCAAGUGUACUCACCUGAGGAGUACAGAUCCUGCUUCGUUCAAGACGAUCAUUAUCAACCUGCUGACGGAGGUGGAGACAAUUGUUGGUGGCAUGGUCGAUAUGCACAAGCAACAGCACCAGGCCCUGGUACUGACCACAGAGGUGCUGUACAUGCUCAACAACUGCAACCCAAACGAGGCCAUCAUGGCAGUCAUCACAACAACAGUCAAAGAUUGGAUCGCUUCAUCCCCUAACAGCAUCUUACUGCUGCCGCUGAUCAGCGCGGCAUGUCGGACGCUGGCAUCUGUCGUCCAUAUGGUCCAGGUUAUUGAGGGCUGUAUGGUGGCUCAUUUCUCUACACCUGGACCUGCUUGCUUCCGCGAAGCCCGCUGGGGCAACCUGCUGAAUAGUCUGACUGUCCCGGAGAUUUCCAAGGAAGACUUCAUCAGUUCUGCCCUAGAUGAGGGAUGCUUUCUCACCCUCUACACAUGUGAACUCCAGGCCCUGCCUCUCUCGAAAAGUCCACAGGAAGAGAUGGUUCAUAUCAAUGUGUUCAUCAAUUGGACUGCGUCUGCUAAACCAAGACCAGACAAUGAAACUGAACUCUUCCUAUGGUGGGCCAAGAUCCUGGAGUUAAUCUUGAGACAGUUGGACUUUGGCACUGAACAUAAAGCCCUCCUCGGUCUACUCAAUAAGUUUUUACCUCCGUUGUUGUUGAUGGGUGAAGACAAGGUCUCAGCAGGCCUACUUGGUGCUAUUGGAUUAGGCAAGAAAUCGGUGCUUUCUACGAGAUUUCGUCUGGUUGCGCGAAGUCUGUACACAUUCCUUGUGGCUCAGAUGCCAACAGAAUCGUACUUCCGAUUAGAGCCGCGUGCUCCCGGUGGAAUUGGCUCCGGUCGAGGAUCAACAAGUUCGAAGAAUACCCAAGGGCAAAUUGUACCAUCACAACAGGCCCUGGAGGCUGUGAAAAGCCUUGAGUCAUUACGGACUAACAAGAUGUACCUCGACAUCAAAGACCAGCUUGCCUACGCGUGCGAGUUCAUUGCAAAUCCCUUACAUUCGUUGAGGGAUGCUCGACCAUUCUUUACCCAGCUAGUCAAUAAACUCUUCCCAAACCAUUACUAUCUAGAUGUCUUGAGGCCUGCAAAUCAGUAGACUGGCCAUUUUUAAACAUUCCACUGCUGUUCCUCGAACAAAUCUGGUGAAAAGUCAUAAGCUGUGUGUGCUACUUAAUCUGUGACCCGCUCUACCAAAACUGGGCGCUUGUCGCAUCUGAACUUGACAGGUUGAUACGGACUUGUUGUUCAUUUCCCUAUUGUAGACCUUUUGUGAAAUGUGACCAAAUCAGUUUGUAAUAGAUUUCACAAAAG